CAGCCAAACAACACUUACUUCCGACUGGCACCAUGGCUGCAGGCCUCAAAACCGUUAUUCUUCUGUCUUUCGUCCUUGCUGUGGGAUUCUUGUUGAUCAUAUUGUCUUGUGCACUAUGGCACAACUGGUUACCACUUCUCGUCGCUCUGACUUUUGUUCUCGCUCCUCUUCCAAAUGCGGUAUUCUCUCACUGCGGCUCGGACGACUUUUCGAGCCAGUAUGAAGGCGGCGCCGGACCUAUCGACUUGGGACGUUUCAUUACAUCUCUUGUCGUCGUCACCGGUUUCGCUCUACCAGUUGUACUGGCGCACUCUGAUGUCAUUACGAAGAGUGCCUGCGUAAUGUCCAUCAUUGGGGGAGGAUUGGUAUAUGGGACGAUACUGGCGUAUUCAGCCGCUUUUAGACAAGAUGAAUCGGACUUUGACUAAUAUGAUACGAAGAUGAGAGCCUCUCUUCGCAUUGCGAUGUUGAGUCAUACUAUAACCGGUGGACUACUUAUGCAAGUUUAAUCUACGGAGCGAACCUCUCUUCCCUACAGAUCACGGGCUCUCAGAAAUACACGCCUUGUUGCUAAUAAAGCACUUGGAGGACUAUGGGAAAUAUAACGUCCCUUCCGUACGCAGGAUCAUCUCUCCAUAACGACAGCGGUAAGCUGCGCGGAUCCUUGAAUCCUUUCCCGAGAUUUCCCUCC